AUGGCGGUUACCGUCCUACCGGCCAGCUCCUCGACGGAGUCUGUUAAGCAGGCUCUCCGUUCUACGACUACCUGCUCCGAUGCUACUGUUAUGUCCCUCACAACCCUCCUCCGCGGGUCACCCAAAGCAGCCGAAAACCCCACGAGACGAACGAAAUCCACCCGCGAACCGGCGUCCACCACAGCUCGAACUCGGACUGCCCGUGUAACGAAAUCUAAGGCUGGGAGUGAGGCUGCGUUGCAAUCGCUUGUUGAUCAUGAUGCUGGCUUGUCUUGUCAGGAGAAGCUGGUUCUCGCUACGGAGGUGUUCAAUGCGACUUUGAAGUCUUUGACGGAGGCAGCGAAGGGCUCGACGGUGAAACGACAGAGUGAAUUGAAUGAUGGCGUCGCUGCGGGUGUCACUUCGGCUGCGGAGUGCGCGAGGCUUGCUCUGUCUACAUUGCGCGCUUUGAAGUCUGAUGCUGGAACUGGCGAAUUCCCGAAUAUGCAACUCGAGCAGGGACUGUGUGUUCUUGCUGGGAAGCUUAUUUCUCUAGGAUUGAACGACAUGGCAUAUAAAGAGCUCCGGUUUCUUAAGAGGAGGAUUCAGCAAUAUCUGGACGGUGGAAAGGCCGGGAAGAAAGCCACGGAAGCUAAGGACUCGACAGAUGAGGAAGGAAAAGAACGAAUGUCUGAUUUGUUGACUUUCGCUCAUCUCGCCAAUGCGAAGCCAUUGUACAGCUUGAUUGUUCCGUUUCACUCGAAUGUGAUGCGAUUGUUUGCUUCGGAUCGACGUGCCUCGACUAUUCAGAAACUUUGCCCUGCUUUGCAAUUGUCCGACUCUAGCAGUCCUGCUCAGGUAAUUUUGGCUGCUUUGAAGGCAGGGCAGCUAUCGAACGACAAAGCUGCACUUCAGCUCCAGCUAUUAGCCAACACUGUUCUCUCCCUCUGCUCUGGGGCAUCGCUUUCCAAAGACGAGACAUCGAACAGCCUUAAGCCUACCACUUCAUUAACAUUGCAACUGCUUUCUCUCGAGAUAAAAUGUUUGAGCUGGAAGCUGUCUGGUCACACUUGUGAUGAGAGCAAGGAAGUUUUCGAUCCUCUGCUUCGCUACUUUGGCAGCUUUUCCCACCGCAGCAAGGGAAUAGACAAGACCGAAUUUGCCGUUGUCUAUAAGACAGUCACACGCCUACAGAGUUCCAUUGCCGAAACCAAGAAGAAAUCAUCAGAAUCUCAAUAUGCUACCCAAGCCGCGAAGCUUAUGACUCUUUUAGGGCAGCUGGCUUUCGACGCUGGCUGCUUCGACGAGUCCAUGAAACUGUUUACACAAGCCAUCAAUCCACUCUCCAAAACGCAAAGCCUUUCGCUGGCCACGGUAAGAUGUAAGAUCGCAUCUGUCCAAUUCCAGGCAUUGAAGACAUCAAAAAAGCUUCUAGCUGGAGCUUUAGAGUCUAUCUCUGAGGCCACUGAAUCACUGGGGCUGCAAUUAAGAGGUAGCGCGAAUGACUUGGAUGAGCUUCUCGUUGAAUCCGCAAGAUUGAAAAAGUUAGCUCUUGCCUGGUUUGGAGAAGCCAUUUCCAAGAGUCUCAGCAGCGAAAAAGAGAAGAAUGAAGCUGCCUGUCAGAUUAGAGAGUACGUCCAAGCAUUCCUAAGGUUCCUCAGGCGCUAUGUCGGUCGUCCGCCAACCGAAGACAGCGACGAAAAGGAAAAGGAAAUCUUCAACAACCGCAUUGUCAUUUCCAAAAGCAUUAUUCUUGCAGCUGUCGACUCAGCCGUUGCAGUUGGGAAACUGUCCAUCAUGUCCCAAAGGCCGCCAUGGGAAGACAUGCUCCCAAUCCUUGGUGACUGUCAUCGCCUGCUUGCAACUAUCGACUCCCCAGAUGAGCAGGAUACAGAGACCACAGAAAAUCAGGGCAUGGCACUCGUGAAGCUUUCAAAUCUGUUUUGGUCGCGCUAUAUCAAAGAAAAGGAAGCUGGACAAGGCUACCGAGAUCUGCUGCCUCUGCUCAAACAGUCUACCCAGCUGCUUACUGGCUGCUCACCGUCACAACGCAACACGGCUUUUGCAGCACUGAAAUUCGAGCGAAUGGCCCAUCUUUACAUUGAAGGCAAUAUGUAUAAUGAUUCAGAGAAGAUGUUCCGACAAUCGAUCGAGGAAUACAUUUUAUCUGGUACAUUAGAACAGAUUGCCAAGAGCAGCGAAGGAAUUAACCCAAGUCCAUUAAAUCAGGAUCCCAAAAGUCCUGGCUUUAUGCUUGGACGCGUGCUUUCCGCUCUUCUGAAGAUGAAGCUGCGCAGAAAGGGUGCACAAUCUUUUGCUGUCUAUGAUGACAUUCAACUUGAAUUUGAAUCAAGAGGUAUGCUUCUUGAGUGGCAAAUGGACUUGCUCGUCGAUAUGCACAGCUACUCCUCCAGCGAAGAAGAGUUCCGCUCCAUGCUCGGCUCCGUUGUUUCCUCCCUCCUGGACCUCUACGACUCCCAACUCCAUCCAAUCCGCCAUAUUCGUGUAAUCUUUUCAUCAUUACGCCUUCUCCUUGAGCACCCUACCGCGCUAGAUCCAUCAUUAAUCGAAAAUUUGCUUGAAGAGGGAACUGAAGCUUUGGAAAGUGGGCUGCAAGUCGGAAAUGACACCGACAUCGCUUCUUUUGCUAUUCAUAUCAGCAACUCAUUGCGCGUUCUCAUCGGGUUUCACCAAGGCAAGAUUAACGCAAGUGAACUGGACGCCACGCUUGACUCAUGGACUUCUUUGACUCGAAAGUGCCCCGAUUGGAAGACUCUGAGUCUCUGUGUCAACGACACAGACUACUGGAUCUUGCAGCUGAAGGCUCUAGUCGAUUACACUGAAAUCCACGGUCUUUGGAGGGCUCAACUCUCCACUUUGGAGCUCAUCCUGCGCGCCACAGAGCUCCAGCAAUCAGGAGACAUCUCCGAUGCAAUCAUCAUUCUCUCUCGUUUAGUACUGCAAAACUGCCGUCUGGGAUAUUGCCAAAGGGCAGGCGACUUGCUCUCGCGUGGCGAGCAGUAUCUUACCCAAGCCAAAAUUUCUGCUCUGGCAACCAUCUCGUACAAAGUUGCUCGGGUGGAAUAUCUCCUGGAAACCGGCGAAGUUGAUAAAGCUGCGUUGGUGUUCUCUGCCGCUCGCUCGUUAUAUGAGAAGAGCCAAAAGUCGGAACUGAAUAACUUGAGUGUUUUGUCCAAGAUUUCUUGGGAGAGAUUGGUAGCAGAUGCCGCGUUUGUUCAAUCCCGAUUAUUCUCUGCUCAGGGCUCAGCCACUCAAGCUCUCUACUUUGCGAAACUGUCCGUGAGGCUGAAUUGCCGAAUCUGGGCCAAGGUUGAAAGAAUUGCUCAAAGAAAGCAAGACAAAUCUUUGCCUUCCACAGGCCCCUCUGAUGUCGAUGCUGUUGCUGAUGGAGUUGCAAAGCUUGAUCUAUCCCAGAACGGAUCUAGCCCAGAUGUGUCUGCCAGCUAUAUUCAAGGUGCACCAUUCUGGCCGCACCUAGGCUCUCAUCACACCUGUUUGUUGAACCUCGCAACCUUGUCUGCGCACCAUGGCUUAUUCCAGGAUGCCAUUUAUUAUGGAGAACAAGCCUUGAAGAUUGAUAGGACACUCGAUGCCAAUGCUCGACUCCUAGCGGCACAGACACAGCUUGGUUGCCAUUCAAUUCUCGGCGGCCACCUGAGCGAGGGGCAAGAACAUCUUGCUGCUGCAUCUGAGUCCUCGAAGCAGACAUCGAAAAGCGUUGAAACGGUUUCUUUCCAAAUUGCACUUGCAUCUUUGUACCAAACACGAGGCGAGCACGAAAAGGCACUUCGUGUUCUUCUCGAAGCUGAUAAAAUCAUCACGAUUAUCAUUUCCUCAGACACGCCUGCCAGUGUAGAGGCAUCGGAUGUUGCAGAACUUGAGGACAAGAUGGACAAGCUGCGCGUUAGGGCGAACAGUCGCCGUACCCCAACACCCCGAACACCAACACCUACUACCACAACGACCACCAGACGCACCCGUGCAACCAGCUCUGCUGCAUCCAAACCCGCUUCAUCGAAGGCUACUGUGCCCAGAACAACCAGAAAAACAUCAGCUCCAACAUCUACCCUCUCCGAAGCCCAAUCUAAAACUUUAUUACGACUCAAGGGCGACGUAUUAAGACAACAAGCCGAUUGUCUGCGAGAAUUGCGCGAUUUCGAACGAUCCGCACAAACCCUCGCUGAUGCCCGGCAAUAUGCCGUUUCUCCCGAAAGCAAGAUUGCCCUGGAGAUCGGCGAAAGUGAGCAUCUUCUGGCUGAUGCAAUUCGCCGUUUUGCCAGCCAUGCUGUGUACUGCGUUUUGCCAGAAUCCACAAUCUCUCUUCCGUCGCUAAUGUCACCAAGCAAGACGGCCGAUGAGCCCAGUGCGCCUGCAGCGAAGCCUUCUACGCGAAGAGCCAAGCCUCCAGCUAAAACCUCUCGCACUAAGGCUCAGAAGGCUAGCGAGGAUUUUUCGGUCAUGCUUUCGAAAGCAACUGAUUGCCUUGCCAGUGUCUUCUCUGAUGCUACCAUAAUCGGGUCCACGCUUGAUAGUCAUGCUGCCUCUCGCUUGAUGAGUCGGAUCUCUAUGCUCUCGCAUGCUACUUCUCCUGGUGUACCGGCUACAUUAGCUCAGUCACCGGCUAAUAUGAACGAAAUCGGACGCGUUGGCGCAUUUGCCCGGGAGCGCAUGGCGAUUGAUAUUGACCGACAACUCGCCGACUUUGCCGAUCCUCUCCUCUGGCCUGCUUCUUUCCCCUCAGCUGUUGAAUUGGACACUGAUUUGUGUACCAACUUCACCAAAGACUAUGUCGACAUCCUACCUGAAAGCUGGAACGUUCUCUCUUUGUCUUUGAGUGCAGACCAAACCGAGUUUGUGGUUUCACGACUUCAGAAAGAUCGCUCUCCGUUCCUUCUGCGCCUUCCUCUCUACCGAGGAAACUCAGAGGACGAUGAAGAAGAGCAAUUUACUUUUGAGGAUGGUAAACAAGAAAUGCAAGAGCUCAUCAAGCUGGCGAACGAAAGUGCACAUGCCGCCAAGGCCCAAACCGACAAAGCAUCGAAGAAGGAGUGGUGGAAGACCCGCGAGGCUCUUGAUAGUCGUAUGGAAAGUGUUCUCCAGAACAUUGAGAACAUUUGGUUUGGAGGCUUCAGGGGUGUAUUCUCGCCUCUCUCGCGGGAGACCACUGCGCUGGCUCGGUUCGCAGGUACCUUCCAAGGAAUCCUCGACAAGCAUCUACCUUCUCGACAGAAGGGUGGCAAAGCCGCCGGCCCUCGACUUACACUUCAUCAAAACGUGGUUGACUUGUUCAUUGGGAUUCGCGACCUUGAACAGCAAGAAGAACCCGAGGACACGCUGAUGGAUCUUCUUUACUUUGUGGUGGAUAUCCUACAGUUCCAAGGCGAGCGCAAUGCUUACGAUGAGAUCGACUUCGACAUGAUGGUUGUGGAUACUCUCGACGCCUUGCGUUGUUACCACGAAGCUGCCCGUGAUGAGCUUGCAUCACGACCCCCGAAACACACAAUUCUCGUUCUCGAUAAAGCCCUGCACUUGUUCCCUUGGGAAUCCCUACCCUGUCUUCAGGGAUAUCCGGUAUGUCGAGUACCAUCUCUGGAAUGUCUCCGCGACCGAAUUCUUCAAUUCCGCGGUUCAUCGUCUGGGGCUAUCAUGAACCGCAAGUCGGGCGCGUAUGUCCUCAACCCGACCGGAGAUCUGCGCUCAACCCAAACCACCUUCGAGCAAGACUUUUCAAAAUUCAAGUCUUGGAAUGCGAUUGUGCAGCGCGAACCCACCGAAGACGAAUUCCGAGACUCGCUGGAGAAGAAGGACCUGUUCUUGUACUUCGGUCACGGAAGCGGUGCUCAGUACAUCCGCGGCCGCACUGUCAAGCGAUUGACUCAAUGCGCUGUUACUUUCCUCAUGGGCUGUAGCAGUGGCAGCCUGACCGAGGCCGGCGAGUAUGAACCCUACGGCACACCCAUGAACUAUCUUCAUGCAGGCAGCCCGGCGCUCGUUGCUACCCUCUGGGAUGUCACUGACCGGGACAUUGACCGAUUUACCACCACCGCGCUUGACGCGUGGGGUCUUGUAGACAAGAAAGACAAGAAGAACCGCGAGGAAACGGAGCAUGUCGGGCUUGACACGGCCAUUGCGCGGUCUCGGAGCGCGUGUGUGCUGAAGUAUUUGAACGGCGCAGCACCUGUUGUGUAUGGAGUUCCGGUGUUCUUGGAAUGA